AUGACGUUGCAAGUCCCGGCCCGCCUGCACCGCGGCAUCGUCUGCGCCGCGGCCCUCUUCUUCCUCACCACAAUCUUCCUCGCGGCCACCCGCAUCGCCUCCUCCGUCGACUUCUCCAUCCGCCGCCGCCCCUCCGCGCAAGACGCCCCGAGACGCUCCCCCGCCGACGCGCCCAUGUCGUACGGCUCGACCGCCCGCCCGGGCUUCACCGACCUCGCGGUGCACAUCGCCUCGCUGCCGGGGCACCACGUCCCCUCGCGCGCGAACCCGCGCCACCGCCUCGUCAUCGUCGGCGACGUCCACGGCAUGCGCGCCUCGCUCGACCGGCUCCUGGAGGAGCUGCGCUUCGACACGGCAAAGGGCGAUCACCUCGUGCUCGCGGGCGACAUGAUCAACAAGGGCCCCGACUCGCGGGGCGUCGUCGACCUGGCCAUGCAGCUCGGCGCCUCCGCCGUGAGGGGCAACCACGAGGACCGCGUGCUGCUGGCGCACAGGAGCAUGGGCAUGAAGCACGUCGCCGACGAGGACGCCCACGGCAACCCCGUCGCCACGAGGGAGGAAGAGGAGACCAAGGCCGAGGGCCAGACGACGGAGGACGCAAAGCCCGAAGCGCAGCCCGCCUCCGACAACGACGCCGUCUCGGAACCCGAGCAAGACGACCUCGAGCCCGCCAUCUUCCCGCACGGCGACUCCAGGGAGCGCGCCACCGCCCGCGCCCUCUCGCGCAAGCACCUCGACUGGCUCUCGACGCUCCCCGUGAUCCUUGACGUCGGCACCGUCGAGAACCUCGGCAACCUCGUCGUCGUCCACGCCGGCCUCGUCCCCGGCCUGUCCCUGAAGCAGCAGGACCCCUGGGCCGUCAUGAACAUGCGCGGCCUCGUCUACCCGCGCGAGGAGCUCCGCCGGGAGGAGGCCAAGAAGGUCCUCGAGGAGUACCGCAAGACGCACUACGCCGCCGGGGCCGCCGGCGGCGCCGUCACCGAGUCCAUGAUUGAGCGCGAGCACGAGCGCCGCCGCAAGCCCGACGACCGCAAGAUCGCCAUCCCCACCGACCGCCGCGACGGCGCCAGCAGCUGGCCCAAGGCCUGGAACGCCCACCAAAAGGCCCUGCCCGAGGGCGAGCCGCGCACCGCCGUGGCCUACGGCCACGACUCGAAGAAGGGGCUCAACAUCAACACGUACACGUUCGGCCUCGACUCUGGCUGCGUCAACGGCGGCGAGCUGACGGCGCUCGUCAUCGAGGCCACGCCCGAGGGCGUCACGCACGUGGUCAAGAGCGUCAAGUGCGACAAGGACCAAGGGAAGAAGGCGAAGAAGCACAAGAAGAGCAAGAAGCACGAGGCCCGGUCAUAG